AUGCUACGGCUCUUUGGCGGCUCGCGCUCGAGCUCGCGAGCGGCGUCGCCGGCGCGACCCCACCACACCAAGCGCGGUGUCCGUCUCCAAAUCAACGUCCCAAGCUAUGGCGGCGUGUUCAUGAACAACAACCGCACCGACGUGCAGCAUGACGAUCCCGAGGCAUCUGGGUCCUCGCUCGGUCCCCCAAGACUAGAGUUGCAGGACUCUGAGCUCUCGGGUGAGCUCGAGGUCGAUGUCCCAAGGGGCAUGGGUCGACGCAGGUGUCGUGCCAUUCGCAUGACACUGAAGAACACGUGCCGCUUGAACAUGGGUCCCGCACGCAUGUGGGAGGAGGACGUGCUGUUUGAGCGUACUAUCGAGGUCAAGGGGGCCAUCAUCCUCCAGGAAGGUGUGCAGCGCUUCAAUUUUACCAUUGUCAUCCCAUACGGCCUCGCUGGGUACGACGUCCACCCCACCGGCCGCGUCAAGCUCGAGCUCAUUGCAGAGGUGGAGGGACUUGGCGGUGGCCCUCGCAGUGUCAGUACGCACAUGAUUUCGCCCAGCCCAAGUCCCGCGCCGACGCCUCGUCGCGGGCGUAGUCCUGAACGAGGCCACGGACCUAGAUCCGUCAACGCGUCUCCCUAUACGUCUGGAGCCAGUACACCUGUGGGCGACGGCGGGGGUGUUCCCUCCAUGGACAUUGCCACGCAAAUGACAGUGUCGUGGGCCGACCCCGUGGGCCACUCGGAAGAAGAAGUCCGCUGGCUGCGCGGCAACGUCGUCGCGUCGCGAGGCAUCUGGCUCAUGUACAACCCCGACCCGGAAGAUGGCGUGAGCACGCUCAACGAACGCCGACGAGGCGAGGUUCCUGGCCUCGGACCAUUCGAGAUCCGCUUCAUGUCCGACGUCUGGACCGUGUGCGCUCUCUUAAAGUCGACGAUUAACAUCAACUUUCCCGAACCCACCUGCACCAUCUACUACAUUCGCAUCGUCCUCACGCAGACCACAUCCAUUAGGUCACCUCGCGAUGACCCGGCCACAACCGAACCCAUUCGCAGCACUAUACCGUUUGUCGUAUGGGAAAAGGGCGUGCGUCCCCCUCGUCAGCUUGCCAGGGACUCGCCGGCGCUGUGGCGCGGGACCGAGUGCGGCGGCGAGGACACUGGUAGUCUGCAGGUCACCGGUAUGGGACGCUUGCCCAACGACGAGACUGGAAGGCCGUCUACUCUUGAAGGGGUCAUCACACCAAUCCACGUCAAACACCAGCUGGUCGUCGAGGUCUGGUACUCGAUCGCCGGGCAAGACGUGCAGGGCAACGAGCUGCCGGCAGGCAACAUUGGUGGUCUGCGCAUGCUCCGUGUGGACAAGCCCGUCAUUGUGCCUAGCUGUGGGUUCAUCCCCGAGGUCGUCGAGCUGCCGAGCUACGACUCGUUGAAGUUUGACACUGCGCCGUGUCCCGUGUGCGGGACGCCUGCAGAGCAGCAAGCGUGCCGCACUUGUCCCCUCACGUCCGUCCCGCACUCGCGCCACGACCACGACCCGCUCGUCGUCGGCAACGCCAACGGCGUAUGCCCCCGCUGUGAGCGCAGGUUCAUUACCGAUCCCGACGACGACUUGGGCAAGUGGGCCGACUGCGCUUGUGGUCUGAGCCUGAAAAAGCUGGAAGAGCGCAUGCGGUCCGUCAUCCCCGACGAGGACCUCCAGGACGAUGGGUAUGGUGGACAAGUCACGCCGCCUGUCAAGAUAGAGCGCGGCAGGUCCAUGUGA